AGUUAUCGUGGUUUUUUAAAACAAAGGCUCCGACAAAUAUGUCGAUUAUCUACUAGAAAUUGGCUUUUAAACGUGUUUUGUACGAAUGGACUUAUACAUGAAUAUAUUUGGAUUAACAGGAUAACCGAUAUAUUACGACAAAACUUGGAUUAUUGUCUUUUUCCGAAGGUCCAAAAACUGUAAGUUACCCCUUAUAUUUUGGGAGCAAGAUGGCGUCUGUAAAUAGAGGCCACAUAUCCCAUGAAACAUUGAGCGACUUAGACAUUUGUGUGACUCGUAUAUUGUCCAAUACUGAUUGUAUGCCAAGGCACGAAGUUACGGAACAACUAGUGCUAGAUAUUGAUGAAACGUUGUUAAAUGAAUCCAGAAACAUGUUGUUUGACGUUGCAAAGUCUAAGCUGUCUUUACAGUGUGCUAAGGAAUACGGGCCAGUUUCUGCCAGGGGCUAUGAUCAAAUUGAAGAAGUUAAGCUCAAAAAACGCAACGGUGAAAGAAAAAAUGUUAGCUUAGCAAAUGACAUUUAUGACCUGUAUUGCUACCAAAUGGACUAUAUUGAGACUUUUCCGAGGAGUGUUACCUCUCAAGCAAGCCAUAUCCCUGUUUUAACGAAAAAAGCCCAACCCCCGCCAACUGCGCUUGACAUGGAUACGAGACUUAAGAUUAUUGAAUUAACUGCUGAAGUGGUGGAAUUGCGCAAACAGUUAAAAGAGAUAAAAAGGGACCAUCAAGGUGAAAUAGAUAGACUGAAUAUUGCUGUGAACAAGCUUAAAAUUGAGUUGGGCCAACAUACAUGUAUGUCCCUUAGCCCGCAUUACGGGAAAAAGCCAAUUAGUGCAGACCCUGUUUCUGGUAAUAAGCCACUCUCACCGUCUUGUAACUCACGACCAAGAGCUAAUUCCGAGCCCGUCCAGACGUAUGCUAAUGUUACAACAAAGACAUCAGCUGGUAGAGAAACUGCACCUAACAUAAACAAUAACAAACCCGAGAUAAACAAAAACAAUGAAUGUGGCUCAAAUACAGGGUGCUCAAAAAAUGACAUUUCUUCUACAAAGCCAUCUGUAAAUGAAACUCUCACACCAACGCCAGUAAUCAGUGACACGUUUCCGAAUGUUGAUGAAGGGUUCACACUCGUAGACCGAGGACGUCAUCGUAAAGACUCUGGAAUAAGAUUUGGUGAAAAGCGACAAGUUAACCUGCAAUCCCUAGGGCAAUUGAAACAAAGAAUUACUUCCAACGCCAAAGCGCCCACCACAUCCAAAACACGCACACUUAAAGGAAUCGCCUAUGAAAAAACUCAGACACUUUAUCUAGAAAACGUAGAAAUUGAACAUGGAGACACUGAUAAUGAAAUUGAAGACUUAGUUAGGGAUCACAUCAAAUCAAACAUUGAUAUUAACGUCACAAAAAUGUAUGUUGUCCGAAAUAGAUAUUCGACGAUUCGUGUAGGCAUAAAACUCAUAGUUCCCAAAUCUGCAGUCGAAAAAGCAAUGGCAUAUGAUGCAUGGCCAAAUCCCGUUACGUGUCGUCCUUGGGAAUAUAAGCCUACCUCCCGUGGAAAACACAUUUCUCCCCGAAUCACCUACAGGUCGAACAGAUAUCGCGAGGAGCAGUACCCAAGCCCAGAUGAUGCAUACGAUGAAGAUUAUAAUGAUAAUGAUGAUAGAUACUAUAGUGACAUACGCGACUCUACUAAAGAUUUCGAGUCCCGAUUACAUAAAUACUCUCUGCGAGCAACAGGGAAUAAUGCUCCAUAUUAGUGUUUACAUCGAUAUCAAGCCAAGUAACAUUUGUGAUGCAUUACUUAGUACUGUUCAUUGUAACACAUUUGUUAAUGCCCAUGGUCAUGACAGGGUCAGAAACACGUAACAUUGCUAUAACGUCUUGGAAUGCAAAUGGGCUGAAUGCCUCAAGUCCAUAUCUGUAUAACUUGCUUUGUACAACUGAUAUACUAUGUUUGAGUGAACAUUGGCUCUAUCCGGGUGCCUUAAAUGAGUUAAAUAAAGUUCAUCCAGAUUUCAUAUGCAUUGCUGAAAGUAGCAAAUCACUUGACCC